CGAAGAGCUGAGUCCGGCGUCGCGGUCGCCUGCCAACCUCGAGCUCAUUUCGGAAUUCACCGACAACCUCCUACCCACCUCCACCCCCAACACCCCCAAGUACCAUGGCCCUCGCUGCGUCCGACGCCAAGUCCAACCGCAUGACCUACCGCUUCCUGGGCAACUCCGGUCUGCUGAUCUCCAAGCUCUCGCUCGGCAGCUGGAUGGACGUCAACGACCAGUACACGGCCGACACCUGGUACGCCAUGAUGAAGCUGGCCUUCCAGCACGGCGUCAACUUCUUCGACAACGCUGAGGCGUACGGCGGAGGUCUGGCCGAGAGGAACAUGGGUGCGGCCAUCAACAAGGGCGUCGCCGAGGGCACGUGGAGCCGCGAGGACCUCGUCAUCUCCACCAAGAUCUUCUUCGGGUUCAAGCCGUUGGGGUCCAAGGACGGCCCGAACGCCCAGGGCCUGAGCCGCAAGCACAUCGUCGAGGGCGCCAAGGCCUCGCUCAAGAGACUCGACCAGCAGUACGUGGACAUCAUCUUCUGCCACCGUCUGGACCCGUUCACGCCCAUCGAGGAGACUGCCGUGGACAAGAUCACGCCCGAGAUCAACGCGGAUAUCGACGCGCUGAUUCCGUUCGUGCCGGAGCUGUCGACGACCGAUGCGACGGCCGGGCUGCGCUCGCAGCACCUAGGGCCCAGCGCUGCCCGCGCUCUGAGGACAGCGCCGACCGAGAUGCAGCGCACUGAGAGCGCCCAGCUUCAGUUCGCUGGGGCUCCAGCGAAGACCACGAAUCCAUACGCGCGACUUGUAGCCCCAGCUUCAUUCAGUGCGCCGAGUUUGCGACUGCCGGUUGAGUUACUGGGGCUGGCUGUUGUUGUUGUCGUCCUGCUCGGACGCGCCUUCGCCGAAGUACUCGCUCACGCUGACGACGCUCUUGAAGGUGGGGGUAUGGAGGUGGAGUUCUUGUCCUUCCUGGUGCUUGGGGAGAGCUCUGUGUCGCCACGAGUCCUUUUGGGAAAUGAACGUCGCUUUGAGCGGGAGGAGGAAGACGACGCGACACAGCGACGAGCGCGAACAGACGAUAAGUUCCGCCCUUGCGCGACUCGCAUGCCGUCGCGUUGUGCCGCCAGCCGCUCUGGGCGCUGGGCUCGACUCGUGGGCCACUCGCCCUGGGCAGCGGCCCCGCUUUCUGCGCGCCGGCUGGGGCUCGGCGGCGCCCUGGGGAAUCCACCGCCGCUCGCUGUCGCAGUGAGUGAGUCGAGCGCCCAAAAGUUUCGGCUUGGUCUGCGAGCCUUCGCGGGUGGGUGGGUGGUGGUGGCCACCGUUGAGCUGAGCUCGAGCUGCUCGAGCGCAUUGUCGUGGCCCGUGGCGCCCAGCCCGGAAGCGCCCGGUUGGCCCGUUUCGUUCGGGUUGACACGGCCCGGGGGAUCCCGACGCGACUGCAGCCAGCAAAAACCAACCAACGCGUUGGUGCCGAAGAGAGCACACCGCUUCAUGCAUGGGCCGGCGACGUUCCCUCCUUCCUCGUCUGCGGGCGGGCGGGCGGCCCGGAUGCAUGCAUCGCUCGCCUCGGCGGCGGCGUGGGACCAGCAGCAGCAGCCAGCCAGCGUUGGAUUUUCAACGCCCGAAACACUCAUUGAGCGCUGCAACGACAGCGAAACGAGCACGGCGGCGGCGCCGUUGCCCAGGCACGCCAGCGAUCGAUCGCUGCCGCUGCCGCUGGCGAAAGAUAUUGAUGAUACUCGGCUCCGCUCUGCUCUGCUCUGCGACUCUCCGAGCUAUGCACGCACGCACACGGCCGCGACGUCGCUCCGGCUCGCCGAGCGCAAUGAGUUGCUUGGUGUGCAGCACGGCGGCGACGACGACGCCAUGGUUGUUGGGGAGGUCGAAGAGGUCGUGGGGCAGAUGCUGGCGAUGGUCGUGGUCAUGGCAAUCCUCAGCCUGCCGAGCGCCGAGUUCAACCUGCGCAUGCUUCGAGUUGGCGAGCGGUAG